AUGUCCAAGAAGAAUCUUGAAUAUAUCCACUCUCAUAUUCCGGAAGGAUAUCCAAGAAUCGAUAAAACAUAUGAUGAUAUAACAUUGUUGAAACAUGGAAAUCGAGGAAAAGAAGAAGCAAAGUCAUCGGUUGAUGAAAGAUUAGUGAUGUUGCUAGAGUUUUUCAGACAACUAUAUAUUCGAAAAAGGGAAGUGUUCAAGAAAAUAUUUCCAGAGUCUCAGGAUGAGUUUAUGGAGAUGUUGAAGAAGUUUGAUUUUAAGUUUUCCUUUGAAAGGUCAGAAAGCACAACUUUGAAAAGAAGCUCGAGUGUUGGCUCCAAAAGAACACGUUCUGUUAAUGUUGAUGGAGAUGAAUUGCCUUUGAGACUUGAAAGGUUUAAGGUUCGCACAGUAGUUACCGGCGGUGGUGCCCCUGGUGGUGAUCAGGGGGAAACCAACUCUGGUGGCGGUGCCGGUGGUGGUGCUUCCAAAUCAAAAUAA